AUGGCCGACGUCGACGGUGCCUCGCCAAAGGAGCAAGUCCUCGAAGCAUGCCGCAGAGACAAUGUCGAAUUGUUCCACGAGGUCGUGAACAUCUUGAAAGAUAAGAGCAAGGAAGAAAUAGCGGACUUCUUCAACAAUACCACAGACACGAUGGGCAAUCACUUGCUACAUGUCUGUGCGAACUACGGAGCAUACGAUGUCAUGAACGAAUUACUGGACGUGGAAUUCCUCGAGUGCGAUCCUCUCACGAGAAGAGACAAAGAGACACCCAUCCACUGCGCCAUCAAGUACGCCAACGAGCGUGAAGUCGACCUCGGAGAGGCCAUGGCCAAAAUGUUGAUUGAAGCUGGAGGCGAUCCGAGGAUUAAAGACGGCCACGGCAGGAAGCCUGCUGCUAUAUGUACUCCGAGAACUGAAGAGCUGCGAGGCACUUUGAUCAAGGAGGAAUAUGUACUCAACGAAGGUCUAAAGAACGCCGACGUUCACCCAGACGAUGAGGAUGAUGGAGCUGCCGGCCCAGACUCGGAUUCGGAAUGA